UAUUGCCAUCACAAAGAGCUGCUAGUCACUCAGUCAUUUCACUACCUCCAGCACUCCUAGGGAGCGUGUGGCACUGUAGUCAAGAGGCAGAUCACUUUUCAGUGACAGGGAAUGGAAGUGACUAGGUAUCAAUUCUCCAGGACAACCAACAACUCUGAGGAAAGGGUUCUAGCUCAUUUCAGUAAUGUACUGCUAAUUCUGGACGAGAUGCCAAACUUCCCUGAAGAGCUCCAAGGGGCAAAGAAAGGGAUUCUGUAUCUCACACAGUACAAAAUGAUAUUCCAGCACAAGGACAAGGGCUCCACGACCAUCCGCUUUCCACUUCAGUUCCUCGGGGACUGUGUGAUAGGGGAGGAGCUGAGCUCUAGACAGCAAUGUAUCAAAGGGACUAUUACUUCCAGUCAAGGUGUUCUCACCUUCAAAUUCAUCUUCCUGUAUGGAGCCACUGAUUGUCUGAAUAUGAUCAAAACCCUGUCUUCAGCAGAUACGUUAAGAGAGGCUGCUAAUCUCCAGGACUAUCCAACAGCCUCCAUCUAUACCUAUGCCCACCCAUCAGCACCUCGAACUCCACGUUCGCUCAGCACACUUCCACAUUGGCCACCCCCCUAUCCUGGCCCACCAGAGUUACCUCCACCCUACUCCGAAGUGGAGUCAACAAGUCCAAGAGAGAGCCAAGAAGAGGGCUGCUGCCACUGCAGGGCCCUGAGAACCCAAGAACAGACAGACAGGCAGAACUGAGGAGUCAGCCCAGAAACUUAUGGACAUAAAACCUUUAUGUCCCUUGCUUUCUCCUUUCCCUUGACUCCCCCCAGCAUGACAAUUCUGUGAGGGCAAUGAAGCAAAAUUCCACUGUCAAAGCCCGAUUCAGUCCCUGACAAGCUGCUCUGUUACCCUACAUCUCAUUGUGCU